UCGGUGGUCCGCGGGUUCAGGCGCCACUCCCUCGACCUCUGGGCCGAUGAGACCCGCGCGCUCGGCCAUGGCGCCGGCUCCCCACUGAGCUCGCGGCGCCUCCUGAGACUCUGCGCUUCGCCAGCGGCUGCAGCAAUGGAAAAUCCUGAAGUGAUUGUUAGCAGCUGCAGUUCACAUGAUGAUGAAAAUCUUUACAGCUACAAAGGGCAACCUUCAAUCUGUCAGGAAUUGCUUUUGGAAGAUCAGCUGAGAAGGAAACUUAAAUUCUUCUUCAUGAACCCAUGUGAAAAAUUCUGGGCCCGAGGGCGAAAGCCCUGGAAGCUUGGGAUACAACUUUUGAAAAUAGUAAUGGUUACCAUCCAGCUGGUAGUUUUUGGGUUAAGCAAUCAAAUGGUGGUUGCUUUUAAAGAAGAAAACACAGUGGCUUUUAAACAUCUCUUUCUAAAAGGCUACACAGACAGAAUGGAUGACACCUAUGCAGUGUACACACAAGUGGAUGUAUAUGAUCAGAUCUUCUUUGCAAUAAAUCAGUAUUUACAGUUGCGCACCAUAUCUGUUGGAAACCAUGCGUAUGAGAAGAGAGGAGCAGAAGAGACAGCAAUGGCCGUAUGCCAGUACUUCUAUAAACGAGGCACCAUCUGCCCUGGAAAUGAUACUUUUGAUAUUGACCCAGAAAUUGAAACUGAAUGCUUUUAUGUGGAGCUGAUGCAGCCACUGGAAAAUGGGACGUUGAGGAGGAGCACUUUCAACUUCACUCUUGACUUCCAUAGACUUGUGACUGUGCAGCUCACGUUCAAACUGAAGGCCAUCAAUCUUCAGACGGUUCGCCACCAUGAACUUCCAGAUUGCUAUGAUUUUACCUUGACAAUAGUGUUUGAUAACAAAGCACAUAGUGGAAGAAUUAAAAUAAGCCUAGACAACGAUAUUGCAAUCAGGGAAUGUAAAGACUGGCAUGUUUCUGGAUCAAUACAGAAGAAUACUCACUACAUGAUGAUCUUUGAUGCCUUUGUCAUAUUGACAUGUUUAGCAUCACUGGUUCUGUGCACACGAUCUGUGAUUAAAGGAAUUCGUCUACAGAGGGAAUUUGUAACCUUUUCUCUGCAUCAUUAUAAGAAAGAAGUAUCUUUCAGUGAUCAGAUGGAAUUUGUCAAUGGAUGGUAUAUCAUGAUUAUUGUUAGUGAUGUCCUAACUAUAAUUGGUUCUACGCUAAAGAUGGAAAUACAGGCAAAGAGUCUGACGAGCUAUGAUGUCUGCAGUAUCCUGUUGGGCACCUCUACCAUGCUUGUGUGGCUUGGAGUGAUUCGCUACCUAGGUUUCUUUCAGAAGUACAAUCUGCUUAUUUUGACACUACGUGCAGCAUUGCCCAAUGUCAUUCGAUUUUGCUGUUGUGCUGCCAUGAUUUAUCUGGGCUAUUGCUUCUGUGGCUGGAUUGUGCUAGGUCCAUAUCAUGUUAAGUUCCGUUCCUUGAAUAUGGUUUCUGAAUGUCUUUUCUCAUUAAUAAACGGAGAUGACAUGUUUGCUACAUUUGAAAAGAUGCAGCAGAAAAGCUAUUUGGUUUGGUUAUUCAGUCGGAUCUACCUCUAUUCUUUCAUCAGUUUGUUUAUCUACAUGGUGCUGAGCCUCUUCAUUGCUCUUAUUACAGACACAUAUGAAACUGUUAAGCAUUACCAGCAAGAAGGUUUUCCAGAGACAGAACUCCAUGCAUUUAUAGCACAGUGCAAAGAUCUACCAAACUCAGGAAGGUACCGAUUAGAAGAAGAGAGUCCCAUAACAAUCUUCUGUUGUUGUAAAAGGUCUUAAAAAUAUUGGCAAGAAUAUUUGGAAACUCCUGGAUUACAGAUUCAUUGUAAAUUCCUGUACAUAAGGCACAAAACUCCACUAUUUAAUGUUCUUGUAGCAUUUAAAUACUCAACUUUUAAUCUCUGACUGUACUAUAACUCUUGUUGAUAACACUUAAGUUCCAGUUAACCUCAAUAUAUUCAUUAGAAUUGAAGAAGAAUGCAAUGGAAAACUGCCUGUGUUAUUGCAUGCUAGUCUUAGCCCAACGGGCAUAAUGUUUGGAUGACUGUCCACUAAAUCACUUACGCACAUUGCUUUUUCCAAAGGUGCUUUUUGUUUACAGUUCUCUGUACACAUCUAUACUAGCUAUAAACAAUAGUACAGUUGGAUGCUCAAGUUAUCUCAGUGACAUUCAGCUAACAAAGCUGCUGAGGUUGAAUAGUCUUUUGAUCAGAGUGAACAGAGUGUAUACAAGGAUACAUUGAACCAGACAUUCUGGUUUUUUGGAUCCACCAUUGCAGUGCAGACAAUAUGAAGAAGUGGGAGAGACAGAUUUAUACUAAAUGAAUGCCUCUCUUUUUCAUAUAUAGAAUUUUACAUGGGUGUUUGUUUCUGUCUAUAUUAAACAAGUGCAGACUGUUUGCAAUAACAUAAGAGGAAGGGAUGCACAUAGAACUAAUCAGAUAUGCAUUCCAUAACUUUUUGUGCAAUUUGUGUUAGGUCUUAAAGCUGCUAAACAGUGGUGCAAAUCCUGAUGUUGAAACUGAUUUUUAUAGAUGCCUUAUUUGCGGUCUUCUUAUCUACUGGGAAAGCAGAUACGGAGAAAGGAAAUCUAAUUUUUAGACUUUUAAAGACUUCAAAUAUAAAAGCAGCAAUCAUGGCAGGGUGUAGACUGAGCAGCAAGGUAUUUUUAUGUACUGUGUACAAGCUUUGAAAACAUUAUGUACUGUUCCCUUUUUGUAGGAAGAUGCUUUAGUGGAUAUUGUAUUAAACU